AUGUUUUCUGGGAGUAAAGUAUCAAACGACAACGGCCUUUGGCCAUGCAUUGGAAUAGCAGCUCUCAACGUCAACAGCAGCUCGAGCGGGUUUGGUCGCAAGCCACUGGUAAUACCAGAACCGAAAGCCCAGAACCAGUUGACAGGGAAUGUUCUCCAGGGAUCGGUACCAUCCUCGCCUGAGACGGAAUGCGAGGAAAUAAAUGAUUACACUUCCAGCUACACCGCUCUGGAAAUGGACACGCGACAGAUUAUUGACAGUUUCUUAAAAAGCUUUACAGGACUCCCUCAUUCUAAAAAUGGGAAAAAACAUGUUCUGUCUACGAUGAAGCGGGUUGUGGACAGUCUCGUUGUGAAGCACGAACUGGCUUACAAAGGUUUGUUUGCACGGCUGAAUCUGGAGCAGAAAGGAGAAGAUGUGAGUUUUGUCAAGACCGUGGCAACAGAACUCUUCAGCGAUGGCAUCACAAACUGGGGUCGCAUUGCCAGCCUGCUGACUUUUGCGGCAUUGGUAUCCAAGUUUCAAAAUGAUAGAGGACUUAGCAAGUGUGUGACUCUGGUGGGGGAAGAGAUCUCUUCCUAUCUUCUCACAGACCAACAGAACUGGCUGCUCAAAAACAAAGCAUGGGAUGGCUUUGUGGAUUUUUUUCAUGUCCCGGAUACAGAGGGAGCUGUGAGAAACACAUUGAUGGCCAUUGGAAGUGUUGCAACAUUAGGAGCUGCACUUGCUUAUUUAAUACGGUGAAUCCAAAAGGACUUUGUGACAGAUAUUGAAAAACAAAGGACUCAAAGUGAACUUUUUUUUUUUUGGUUUUCUUGGAAACAUCGAAGAGAAAUCAGUUUGCUUUUUAGUUUCAAUAUUUUGUCUUUUUUUGGAUCUCAAAUGUAUAUAAAAACUGGUUCAAAUCAAAAACUAUUUUUUUAUUAAAACGUAAACUUUAAAAUGUUCAGAUCACAAUUGCUGAUGUGCAUGUAACACAUUUAUAGCCAGUUGUUUUGUGCAGUUUACACCAGAAUCACAUGUUAAAUUGUCAUUACACAUCCAGCAGUGUUUUGUAUGCUAGAGAAUGAUAUACUUGGCUAAAUCGGGAAUUUUGAAAAAGCUGUACAUUAAAAGUCACAAUUAUUUGAUGCAACCGAUUCUUUAAAAGUGUAAUGAGCCAUUUUAGUACAACACCUUCACAAUUUCACUUAGUUUCAGGAAUAUUCUUUUGCGAUUAUAGUGCACAUGUAUAGCACAGAUAAUUUUAGGUGCUGGCUUUGGCUUGAAGUAAGCUUUAAAGCUUUUUUUUCUAAAAGCUUAUGGUGGUUCUGUUUUUGAGUCCUAAGCUUAGGACUAUGAUAGCCAACCACAAGGCUGCUAAAUGUUUUAAAUGUUUUCAUUGCAGAUAGACAUUUUAGAUACACUUGAAGUUUGAGAGGCCAUUGAUUUGAGAAUUAUCAUUGAUCCUUUUCUGUGAAUAAUGUUUUCCUAACUGCAAAUUAAACCUUGUUUUAAUA